CGUCCAAGCCCUCGUACAAGCCAGCAGGAAACAGGAGCAGGACAAGAACCAGUCAAGGCACUUUAUUUCCCGCAAGGAUUGGCUAGGAAGGAUCAAUUUGACAUUUCAAGCACCGCACCUUCACGAGCAACAGGAUUGCAUUCCUUUUUUAUAUCAAUUCUCCAACACCAACAACCAAACUCCAUUCUUACCCUCCUUCGCCUCUCUCCCUUAUCUUAGACCUCGCCUCGCCUCGAAAGCUCUCCCCCUUCGAAGCGGCCACGUUCGUUCCAUUAAGAAGCAUCAACGCGUCCUUCGUGUUGCUUGCGUUGGAAUUGUCUGUCAACUUGUGCAGAAUUCACUCACCAGCAGCGUCAUCAUAUCCGGUCAUUGAGACGACACCCUUGAAGCGGACCCGUACGCAUUUCUCUUCUUGCUGAUCAGCGAGCUUAUCGAUACCUCGACACUCGAUUGAUCUUCCUUUAUUUUUCCUGUUUCUGUUUCAAUUCUUCGCGUACGAGUACUCGAGUAGCAUCGACAUUCCAAUUCGACCCCACCACAUCAUUGAACUUCGACUACAACACAACAUCCCCAGGUAGCCUUGACUGGCUCACACACUCCAACACCAUCAAUUACCCCCGAGCAAAUGUCAUUGCGUGAAUCCAAAUCCCCUCUGAGAUCUCCCACCAAUUUCUCCCACCGGGGCUUCCAACCCCUUCGUAACGAAAACGACGCGGAGAUGGGCUACGAUUCGAGUAUCCAGAUGCAGGCCAUGCCACGUCGAUCAGGUUCAUCGACAGGCGCUCGAAAGAAGGGGGAAGGCACAAAUUUACCCUCGGAUUUCUCAACAGCAAACACAUUCAAGGAUGAAGAGAAGAAGGGCUUUUUCAGACGCGGUCCAGGGGGUAGAAGAAAGGACCCCAAUGCCCCAAAAUCAAAUACAAGAGUGAAUACAGAUGGAGAAGAGGUCUCCGUGAAUGCAAUUGGAAGAUUCUAUAACCACAUUGUCAACUUUUCUAUUGUCACCCGAUACUUUGUCUAUGUCCUACCAAUUGGACUUGGCCUCGCUGCUCCAAUCGUCUACUACGCAAUCACCGAUAGAAACGAUUACAUUACUGAUGCUAUUGGUGUCAGAACCUGGCUCUUCUUCCUCUGGAUCGAAAUCGUCUGGCUGUCUCUUUGGGUUUCCAAGCUCAUGGCAAAAUUCGUACCUUGGCUGUUCAUGACCUUGAUUGGUGUCGUCAGUUCCGGUACUAAAAAGUAUGCUCUUAUCUUGAAAGCUGUAGAAAUUGAGCUUAGUCUGGUUGGCUGGUCUGUUACUUCUCUGGCUACCUUUACUGCCCUCACCUCGGAAAGAAUCAACGAUCGAGCCGCCAAUUCGAAACCGGGUAUCAAUGGCAUUGUCCCCGAUCCACAUUGGAUUGUUGUUAUGCAGCGUAUUCUCGUACCAAUUUUCAUUUCCACUUUGCUGUUACUUGGAGAGAAGAUGAUCAUCCAACUCAUCAGUGUCAACUAUCAUCGCCGUUCAUUCGAUCAAAGAAUCAAGGAAUCCAAGCAUACAAUUCACUUACUCGGUCUCCUUUACGAUGCAUCUCGUACGCUCUUCCCAACAUACUGUCGAGAGUUUGCUGAAGAAGACUACGUUAUCAACGAUACGAUCGAAGCUGUUUUGGCCAAGAGUGGAGUCCAUCGUCGACGUGGUUCCAGAACUCCUCUGAAGGUUCUUGGAGAUAUUGGACGUGUUGGAGAUAAGGUCACCUCUCUGUUUGGAAACAUCGCUUCAGAAAUCACCGGUAAACAGGUGUUCAAUCCCACCUCUGCGCAUUCGGUCGUUGUGGAAGCUUUGGAGAAGCCUAGAUCAUCUGAAGCUCUUGCUCGACGACUUUGGAUGUCAUUUGUAGUUGAAGGCAAGGAUUCGCUGUAUGCUGAGGAUCUUGAAGAAGUUCUAGGCCCGUCGAGACAACAAGAAGCAGAGGAGGCCUUUAACGCUUUGGAUGGUGAUGGCAACGGUGAUAUCAGUUUGGAGGAAAUGAUUUUGAAAGUUGUAGAGGUUGGCCGUGCCAGAAAAGCCAUUGCCGCAAGUAUGCACGAUGUUGGACAAGCUAUUGGGGUUUUGGACAAUAUUCUAAUAUGGGUGCUGCUUGUUAUCGUCGUCUUCAUUUUUGGUAAAUCCCCUUGCCCACCUCAGCCAACGCCUACUGACAGCAUUUAGUUGCAUUCCAAAACACCAAUUUUCUCACCACACUUGCCACUGCGGGUACGACUCUUCUCUCCCUGUCGUUCGUCUUUGCCGCUACCACUCAAGAAUUCCUGGGAAGUUGUAUUUUCCUGUUCGUCAAGCAUCCAUUCGAUGUAGGUGACCGUGUCGACAUUAAUGGAGGAGAUGGAAAUCAUCUUGUUGUUGAGCAGAUCUCCUUGCUCUACACCCUCUUCAAACGUAUCGACAAUCAGAAGAUAGUACAGAUUCCCAAUAUUGUACUAAACAACCAGUGGGUUGAGAACGUAACCCGUUCCAAGGCCAUGAAAGAACCACUUGAAAUGUCCAUCUCCUUCGAUACUUCAUUCGAGGAUAUCGAACUUCUACGUCUGGAAAUGGAGAAGUUUGUUUGUCACCCGGAUAAUGCCCGCGACUUUCAACCCGAAAUUACUCUUGAAGCUGCUGGAAUCGGUAGCAUGGACAAGCUCCUGCUCAAGAUUAAUAUUUGUCAUAAAUCGAACUGGCACAACGAGACCAUUCGUGCCGCUCGUCGAUCGAAAUUCAUGUGCGCCCUUGUCCUUGCACUUCGAAAGGUUCCAAUCUACGGGCCAGGUGGAGGUGCCGAGCCACUCGGAGGCCCUACAAACCCCGGAUAUAGUGUAGCGGUUGGUGAUAGCUGGGCUGCUAAUGCACGGGAGAAAGCCCAGGCUGAUAAAGAUGCCCAACGUCUUGCAUCAGCUAAAAAUGGACACGAGGCGAAUGCAGCUGAUGCUCUGAACGCUCGCAAUCCUCUGUCUGAUUCCGCACAUCCAAGUGAUGAUAAUGGCAGCUUUCCAGGAAGCAGAGAGGAUGCCGAACAACGACAACGGGAUUCGGAUAUUGAACAACUUCGUGAUGGAUUGAAGAAGUCCAAAUCCAAUCGCGGGGUUCGAAGAGCAGGCGAUCAUAUCCCAGAUGAGCCAGCUCCACGUGUACCAGAUGUCAGUGUUACUGGACCAUCAUCAUAUCAAGGAUAUCAAUCGUCUCCAUACGGGAACAGAGAGAUUGACGAGGAAGCGGAAAUGGGAAUUCGCCAGACUUCAUCAACAGGUCCAUUAGGCGGCUCGUCGUCGGAUAAUUUCGCGUCUCCGUUUGGAUCACCACAGCCUCCGGCAGGUGGUUACAGCAUAUAUCCUCAACAAUCAUACCAACAGCAACUGCAGCAGCAGUACGCGCAAUACCCCCAGUCAGGUCAACUAAAACCUUUAGGAAGUAGUCCACCUCGACAGCGAGCGCCAUCUCCGCCUCAAGGAGGACGAUCACGCAAUUUGAGUUUGAGUGUUCGACCGGGUGGUAAUGGUGGUGGAAGCAGUGGUUGAAAUAAUAUAUGGAGAUGGCCGCCCUCUUUGAUUUCUUUCUAAUUUGACGAACACCACGAAUUUUCUUUUGAAUCUUUGGUGGUUUUUUUUCCUGGGUGGAGGUGUUUUCUGAUUUUAUGGGAUGUUGUCGUUGGAUGGAUGCAUAGUGUGUAGAUUUAGUAGAUUUCGAUGGAGGGAAGGGUCGGGUGAGAUUGUUGGUACCGUAACGCGAUUUACACGCGCAGGAAAAAGUCUUCGAUGGCAGAGAUGUCGUAUUGUAGUAGUAGUGUCAGAAAUUAAAGAUCUCCAAAUACUAUAAA